UCUUUGAAACUUUUAAAUUACUAAUGCUUUUUAUUGUCUAUAUUUGAUAUGACUGCUAUUUUGUUCUCCUAGCUUUUUUGGGGUUUUAUUAUUAUAAAAUGACAAGAAACGUCAUUUUGAAGCAUUCCGUUUCAGUGUUCUACACCUGCCUAUUCAUCUACUUCUGUAUUUGGUCCUUCCCGGUGAAUUAACUUCCUUUACAUUUAGGUGAGAGUCUCUUCACUAAAAACAAAUACUGAUAAUUAGAGGGCUUCCAAAUACUGGAACUCUUUAUUUUGGGCUAUACUCAUUCCAUUUCAGUUAAUAUUUAAGAUGUGGGCCAUUUAACAUAUAGGUGGAGGAAAUAGUAUUAAUUUCCAAUUUAUAUCAAAUUUCAUUGACUUCUUGAAAACUAAUACAGUUUUCGAAUCUGGAGGUCACCUUCACAUCUUUCAGAUAAAAAUUGCCUUUAGAUUUGUCAUUUUAGGGAAUGUUAUGCCUGUGUUCAUUUGACCAAAAUUGAUUUAAGUUCUUUAGCCUUACUAAAAGUGGCUUCCUUUUUGUGUAUAAUGAGGAAAUUAUUACAUAGCAUGAUACAUAACAGCAUGUGAUAUACCUAUUAAACUGUUUGUAAACAAGAGUACAAAGUUUUGUACUGUUUCUUUACUUCUUAUAAAGCAUGUGGUGUAUGCUUUUCUACUGUUGUUAAUGAAUCCUAUAUAUCAUUGUAUCUCUAGAAAUAAUUUUUCACACAGAUGCAUGCUGUCCUACUUUUCCUUCCCUGUUUCCCAUUUGAAGUGAUAAGCACUAACAGUGAUCACUUGGAACUUUUAGUGUGCCUUUUUCUGUUACUUCUUUUUGAAAAUGAAAUUUUGCAGUUUUAUUCCUUUACCACUGGACUUCUUUAGGUUUGUUUUAAACAAAAUGGGUAAGACUUUUGAAAGCCUUUUUUCUAGUGUUUACCUGAAUGUUCUCUUAUUUUAUUCAUUCUAAAUUGAAUUCAUUUUAUACCUAGAUAGGAUUUUAUUGUGUUAAUGGCUACAUUAAAAAAAAAAAAACUGAUAACUGAGUUGUCAUUGUUAAGAAAUGGACUUAGAUGUUUUUUAAAUCUAAAAGCAGUGUUAUAUUUAAUUAUGGUUCCUAUUCAUGGUUAUAUGUUUUGUAGCACUUUCUCAUCCUUAGUAUUACAGCAUAGUAUAGAAUUGUAUGGAUAACUAGUAUAUGGAAUUAAGAAAUAAAGCUUUAGAGAAGUUUUGUUUCCCUGGAAACUUGAAAGGGUGAGCUGUUCUGUUUAAAUAAUGGAGAGCCACUUAAUUUGCCCUAAGUUGAGCUUAGUAAAGAAAGAUGUUGAAGAAAGAUAUUAAAUAUAGGUUAAGAAAUACACACACACACUUAGGAGAAAAUGAAACAAUUUUCAGCUUGGUAUUGUGAAAUUUGAGUCAGCUUCUCUUAAAUCCUGUCUAAAGAAGCUAGAGAGAUUAAAGUCCAUUUAUUUUGCAAAACUGAAGAGUAAAAUAUAGACAUUUACAAAAUCUGUAAAUUGGAUAUAUCAUCCAAAGCAAAAUAUUUAAAUCUGAUUUUUGUUACUGUUAUUAAUGUUUAAAAUGUGACGAAUUCUUAAAUUUUUGUAACAAUCUCUUGUUUAAUGUCAUUUUUGUCUGACUAACAUUUUCAAGUAACUAUAAUUUGCAUCUUAGUCCAUUUUUUUUUAAUGUUCUUUCAUGUUUGGUAUAUUUUUUUUGUUUGUUUGCCCUAAAACCACUUUAAGCUAACAAAAGAACAUUUUCCUUACGUUUUUCUCUGUUGCAAUGACUUUUAAUAGGUUACUGAAUUUACAUAUAUUCUGAGGUGAAGACUACAAUGGCAAUUUAAAAUUAUUUUUACUUCUCUAUAUAUUUUGAUUCUUUUGUGGGGUGGGGGUGAGGGUAAAUCAUUUGAUUUCUUUGAAGUUCUCCCCUCCCCCCCCCCCCCCCAUAUCUGGAGAUGAGAAAGUUAUUAUGCUCUUUGCUGCAAAAUUGGCUAAUGUCAUUUUACAGGGACCUUUCAUUUCUGUGAUUUCUCCUUCCCUCUCCACCAGGAAAGAAUGCCUUACUUAAGUCACAAUGCCUCCAAGACAUCCGAUGCUUUGACACUCUCCUUAGCACAGCUCUGCUAAGCCCAAAUCCCUUUUGUAAACCUUUAUGUUGAUGAUCCAUGGGGCAGCGGGGAAUUACACGUGCCACGAAUAAAACUAGGAGAGGGCAAGGAACUUGAGUCCUGUUAGAGUGGGGUGAGUGGAGGUGAAUUAAUCCUAGGUGAGCAGAGGGGAAAGGUAUGUCAGUGAUUAUGAAUGUAACUGGGGGAGAAAGGGAAACAGUAGCAAAGGCAUCCCUGUUGGGAAGAAUAAGAAGUAGAAGAAGGGAGAUGGGGGCUGUUUUCAAUGUCAGUGUCUCAAGAAACUAAGUUAUUAAAAAUUGCUUUUCUGUUGAGGACCAGUAUUGAAGUAUCCUGAUUCCCUCUAAAGUACUUAUUUUAUCUUUUCUAAAGUUAUCAUUAAUUGGAUUAUAUAAUUUAAAAAUAAUUACAGCAGUGUUUUCUGUACAUCCUUGUGAUGUUUUUAGGUUGUUUAUUCUGUUGAUGCUUAGUAACAUGAUGAAAAACUGGGCAGGUGGUCCUCUCUGAGUUUGGGGGUUGGGGGUUUAUUUUUUAUUUUUGUUUUUUGUUUUUUUUUUUUUUUAUUUGGUGGAAGUACUUAAACCAACUUAAAUGUGAUGACUGAGGAUUAAGUCUGGCAGGCAACUCUUUGUAUUUUGCAUUAGACUUCAAAAUCUUUUCUUCUUCUUCUUCUUCUUUUUUUUUUUUUUAAAUCCAGGAGAAUGCUUUAUUGCAACUUUUAGCUGACUAGAUGCUUAACUUAGUAACAAGUUUAGCCCUUGUAACUGGCUAGCUAAAAGCAAAUCGGCUUGUUUCUCAGAUCUUUGGGGGAUAGCAAGAAACAUUUGAGUGAAUGUUGUUGAAGAUUUUCAGUAGUAUAGAAAAUGAUGGCGCUCUUGUGAUAUUUGUAAGUACAAGCAAGGAUUUGGCACAGACAUCCUAUUUCAUGGCUACCAACAGUCUGCAUCUUACAACCUUCUGUCUUCAGUAUAAACCAACAGUGAUAGCAUGUGUAUGCAUUCAUUUGGCUUGCAAAUGGUCCAAUUGGGAGAUUCCUGUGUCAACUGAUGGAAAACAUUGGUGGGAAUAUGUGGAUCCUACAGUUACUCUGGAAUUACUAGAUGAGCUAACACAUGAGUUUCUACAAAUAUUGGAGAAAACGCCUAGUAGGUUGAAGAAGAUUCGAUACUGGAGGGCUAACCAGGCAGCUGGGAAACCAAAAGUAGAUGGACAAGUAUCAGAAACGCCUCUUCUGGGUUCAUCUUUGGUGCAGAAUUCCAUGUUAGUAGAUAGUGUUACUGGUGUGCCUACCAAACCAAGUUUUCAGAAACCAUCUACAUCAGCUUUCCCUGCACCAGUACCUCUAAAUUCCGGAAAUAUUUCUGUUCAAGACAGCCAUGCAUCUGAUAAUUUGUCAAUGCUAGCAACAGGAAUGCCAAGUACUUCAUAUGGUUUGUCAUCACACCAAGAAUGGCCUCAGCAUCAAGAGUCGGCAAGGACAGAGCAGAUAUAUUCACAGAAACAGGAAACAUCUUUGUCUGGUAGCCAGUACAACAUCAACUUCAAGCAGGGACCUUCUGUAUCAUUGCAUUCAGGAUUACAUCACAGACCUGACAAAAUUUCUGAUCAUUCUUCUGUUAAGCAAGAUUAUACUCAUAAAGCAGGGAGCAGUAAACACCAUGGGCCAAUUUCUGCUACUCCUGGAGUAAUUCCUCAGAAAAUGUCUUUAGAUAAAUAUAGAGAAAAACGUAAGCUAGAAAGCCUUGAUCUGGAUGCAAGGGAUCAUUAUAUAGCUGCCCAGGUAGAACAGCAACACAAACAUAUACAGUCUCAGGCAGCCAGCAGCAGUUCUGUGACUUCUCCCAUUAAAAUGAAAAUUCCCAUUACAAAUGCUGAAAAACCUGAAAAAUACAUGGCAGAUAAGAAGGAAAAGAGUGGAUCACUGAAAUUACGGAUUCCAAUACCACCCACUGAUAAAAGUGUCAGUAAAGAAGAACUGAAAAUGAAAAUAAAAGUUUCUUCCUCAGAAAGACACAGCUCUUCUGAUGAAGGCAGUGGGAAGAGCAAGCAUUCAAGCCCACAUAUUGGCAGGGACCAUAAGGAGAAGCACAAGGAGCACCCUUCCAACCGCCACCACCCCAGCAGUCACAAGCAUUCCCACUCCUACAGUGGCAGCAGCAGUGGCGGCAGUAAGCACAGUGCCGACGGAAUACCACCCACUGUUCUGAGGAGUCCUGUUGGCCUGAGCAGUGAUGGCGUUUCCUCUAGUUCCAGCUCCUCGAGGAAGAAGCUGCAUGUCAAUGAUGCGUCUCACAACCAUCACUCCAAAAUGAGCAAAAGUUCCAAAAGUUCAGGUAGUUCAUCUAGUUCUUCCUCCUCUGUUAAGCAGUAUAUAUCCUCUCACAACUCUGUUUUUAACCAUCCCUUACCCCCUCCUCCCCCUGUCACAUACCAGGUGGGCUACGGACAUCUCAGCACCCUCGUGAAACUGGACAAGAGGCCAGUGGAGACCAACGGUCCUGAUGUCAAUCACGAGUACAGUACAAACAGCCAGCAUAUGGACUACAAAGACACAUUCGACAUGCUGGACUCGCUGUUAAGUGCCCAAGGAAUGAACAUGUAAUCAUUUCUUUAGGUCAAUUUUUCUUUUACUUUUUUAAUUUAAAAAUUGUUAGAAUGGAAAACUUCCUCCUGAUCUAGCAGUGGUAACAUCUGCUGUUAACUACCACUGCUUCAAUAUUUGUAAGUGCUGCUUUAUUCUUCAUUCUGAAAAGAAGAGAUUAUAGUAAACAAGUCUUUAUCUCCACAUAUGAUAGUGUUAUAAAUACUGUAAAAGCAUGGAAGGUGCAAAACUCAGUAUUUCUACAAUUGCAGCUAAGAACAUUAGGGUGAAUGGCUGGCUGCUUCUAGGAAUAUAAGAUGCCUCAAGCAUUCGUUUAUUUAUAAUUUGAAUACUGUAGCUAUUUUUUGUUGUUGCUUGGCUUUUGAAUGAGUGUAAAUUGUUUUCUUUUGUGUAUUUAUACUUGUAUGUAUGAUUUGCAUGUUUCACUGAUAAAGGGAUAAAACAGUAUACUGACAACUGUUUACAAGAAAGUGGAGAAAAAUGUACAUACAUUUUUGUAUGUUUAGAUAUUACCAUAAAUACUCAGGAUUGGAGCUGCUUGUAAGUAUAACAAUAUACAGAAUAACUUUAUUUUAUCUUGUCAGAGUCCAUCACUAAUCUAAAACAAAGGUGGCACUUUUUCAUGUUAACCUUAAACUCUAGGCCUUACUGGAAGCCACUGAAGGGGGACACUUCACUACCAGAUGGGUAUGCAGUGCCACAGAUGGUUGUUUAUUCCAUGAGGCACUGAUUCUGCCUUCAGAGGUUCUAACCAGACUGGCUGCUGAAAGAGCCCCUGAUUUUCUGAAGGCUUGAAGAGGAAAAAAUAAAGUUUACAUACUCUUGAUGUGAAGUGCAUUUAAGUGUUUGUUGGCUUGUUGCAGUACUAUAAUCACAGAGGUGUUCAUAAUGGUUGUGUAGAUUACUGUGAUUUGAAAACUAAAUUCACAAAAACUUACAUUAGUGCAGAAUUAGUAAGUUUUUUUCUUAAAUAAAGAACUUUAACACUACAUAUUUUAACCGUAAGCAGAAUCGCUUUUCCUUUGGCAUUCAGAAUGACACCAUGUUCUUAAACAUACCCCUCCCUUGAAGUGUGUUUGUGUGUGAUGCCAUAUUUCUUUUUCAGGUAAAUGCAGUCUUCCUUAUAAAAAUGAAAUUAAACCUAUUGCUCUCUCAGUUGUUUUAUAUUCUAACAAUAAAUAAACAAAAAAGGUCACUGACUGUGCAUUGUACCUGUAUUUAUAUCUUAACGGUUGUUAACAGGAAGCUCUCUGAGGGGAAGAAAAAAGGUAAGCCUCCAGAUAAAACAGCUAGUGGAGGUUUUCCCUUUGUUUGCACAUCUCAGUAUAUUCCUGUUGAGGUCAAGUUUGCACAGUCUCCUGACUUCUGAGCAAAUGAUAGACUUUAACUUAUUUAAAAUUGGUCUUAAAUGCCAGUAACAUGGCUCUGGUUUGUCAGCUAAUCUUCAAUUCUGUGGUAAAUCUUUGAGCUGUUGAGCAUCUUUGAGUUGGGUUGAAUUCAACGUGUUGAACUGAAAACUGUCUUAAUUUUUUCCUCUAUGUAUAUGAAUUAUUUUUGUUACAAAGCCACUGAUAUGUGCACAAUUGUAAUUUUACUCAAGUAUGUUGCAGUUGUAAAUAUUAGAGUUUAAUCUCGUGCUCUACUUUUAUUUAGCAGUUACUUGAUUUGCCAGUAGCUUUAUAAUUUUUUUUAAGAUAAUUAUUCAUUAUUUUGUCAAUGUUAUUUGAAUUUAGGAUACUAGGAGUCUCUUUCUAGGGACUUUGCCUAAUUAGCAUGUCCUAACUUUGUUCUUGUCUUGCGUAACUUUAGUAAUCUUUGUCAUUACAUGUAACUUUGUUGCUCUGUAUGGCAUAUUAUUGUAUCCAUAAACAUGGUAAUUUUGAUACAGUUAUACCUUUACAGUGGUACAUAAUCCAAGGACUAGUAUAGAAUCAAGAGGAGUGCAAGAUGGGGGGGGGAAGGGGUUUUUUUUGUUCUUGGUAAUUUAGAUGUGAAACCUCUACGGAGCUAUCAUGUGAAAUGAUACUGGGUGGUUGUGCUACUGUAUAAUGGGGAUGAUGAUACCAGGAAUUUUAAUAAGAUUUUGUAAAGAAUAUCCAGAAAAGUAGUGAACUUAUUUUCAGUAUGACAUAGAAAACAAUGUGAAUAUUUAAGGUCUGUGACUAUACUUAAACUUCACUAAGAAUUUGCAGAAUUGUUUUGAGAUGUGAGAAUAAAGGUAAUUUUGUUGAAUCUUUUGGUGCUAAUGAUGGACAGUUAAAAAGGUAGCUAGUGUAUAUUGUUAUGGGGAAGUACUUAUUAGUUACUUCCAAAAUUGAAUUUGAAAUGCUAUGUAUUCACUUUUCACUCUGUAAAUGUAAUUCUUUACAAUGACUUUAUUUAUUAAAGGGCAGCCAGUUGUAAUUUUUACAGGGUUGUGUGAGCUAUUCAAACUCUUUAACCUCCGAACAGGAUAUUAGCUUCUAAAACCACAGUGGGGAUAAAAUAUGGAAAUUCUUUUAAGUUUCAUUUCCAUUAAAUGAGAACCCUUAUAAUUCAUAUUGCCAUGAAUUUGACCAUCUCGUUUGCAUAAAAUAGUUCAUCAGCCUGGUCCCAGUAGGCUCAACCAAAGAAAAAGACUCCAAUGAAUGGACAUUAUUACUGAGUCUUCUUGUAAGUAGCCAUAAAUAAACCAAAAUAGUAUCAAAUUUAGGUAUGAAAUUCCACAUGUGCAAAGUACUGUUAAGGUAAUACAUUUUUGAUGAGAUUUUUAAAAAUAUUUGAACUAUUAAAAACCGUUAUCUUUAAACAUCCUA